GAGUCUCGCACGCGACAGUUAUAUUCACACAGAGCGACCCGCAUAUCAGUGCGUGCCCCCAAGAAGUUUUUUUUUUUUCGUAAUACUGUUAGUUGGUUCAACUUCAACUUACCUUUUGGGGUGUUUUUGGAAACAUGGAUGUCCGAAAUGUGGAAGACUGGAGCAGAGGCGCGCGGGAGGUGGCGGUCCUCGAGUCGCGGCUACAGAGCCCGAAAGUGAUGGAGAGGGGAGGGGAGCAGCAGCAGCUCGCGGAGUCCCGCAUCGAACCUGGACUGACGCUCGUGGACAGCAGCAGUGACCCACGCGCCUGGCUGGCUCCGGUGCAGCCUUCUGGCACCUGCGCGGCACACGCCACUUCACCCGAGUACCUGCGGCACUCGCCCUGCCCGAGCACCGGCUCCUACCACGAGAGUAGUUCCCCGGAGUCCUCGGGCCACCCCAGCCCUCCCAGCUACAGAAAACCUGCCAAGAGCCCCUCCUCUUCCUCGCUCAAAGUCAGGGACUUGUGCCGUCUUCAAGGCACGAUCCCCGGGCCCGAGGAGGACGCAUGCACGAGACAGAGAGCCCAGUCCAGCAGACCUGUCAACGGGGUCCAGAAGCAGAGGCGCGUGGCCGCCAACGCGCGCGAGAGGAGGCGGAUGCACGGGCUCAACCACGCGUUCGACGAGCUGCGCAGCGUCAUCCCGGCGUUUGACAACGACAAGAAGCUCUCCAAAUAUGAAACUUUGCAGAUGGCGCAGAUUUACAUCAACGCGCUGGCCGAUCUGCUCCAAGGUCCGGUGUCCUCCUCCUCCUCCAACAGCAGCAGCAGCAAUAACGACGCGUCAAACAAUAACAGCAACUCGCCAAAGUGUGACAUUAUGCUUUCACCCACUGUUGGGUUUGACGGGGCGAAGGACAGGGUUUCUCCGUCCCCUACAACCUGCAGGACAGCAGCGGCUGUGCCCGUCUCAGGUAGCAGCUUACCUGUCCACAUCAGCGGGAUCCCUUUCCGCUCCUCCUUCGAUGAUGGGUCGUUUUCCGCCUUGGUUGAAGAAGCGAUGCGCUCGCCCUCUCCUGUGUCCUCCACCCGGGCUGGCAGCUCGCUGGCACCGGUGGGAGGUGGGAGGAAGGAGUCUCCCCGGAGCGACGGAGAGUUUUCCCCACACUCCCACUUCAGUGACUCGGAUGAAAUAGCGAUGGAGCUCCACUCAAGUGAAGAAGAUGACAUCUCAGAACUGAAGCUACGCGGCCACCAUCGCCACGCAGCUGCUUUCUAAAUGAUUCAAGAAUAAACUAUAUUAGAAGUUGACUGUAGCCUACAACAAAGUAAUGUCCGUGUAAACCGUGUCAAUCAUGCAGUGUAUCUGUUGCUAACAAAAUGCCGUUUUAAAAAGAUGGACAUUUUUAUUUGCUUUUUCAAAACAGUCCAUUUUUAACAAUAAUCCUAUAUUAUCACCUUGUGACAUAGUCUAAAGAUUAUUUUUUUUGUGUGAGAUAGGCCUGAUUUGGUUCUGCCAAUAGAUGUAUAGCCUAUAAUUUCCAGUUUCCAUGGAGAUGUGGCUGGAAGACCCCUCUGCCAUGUCGCACGCAGCACUGCCAUGGGUAUUUCCCACGUCACUCCGACCAAAAAGCUGUCUUCCACAAAAUCAUAAUUUUAUGGAUAAUUGCUUAUAUUUGAUAAUGUAAAAAAACUCUUCUUUUUGUAGCUACAAUAUUUGUUGUGUUUUUAUUUUUUAAUUUGUAUGUAGGCCUAAUGUCUUUUGUUUUGCAACUUCAAAAGUUCAUAAUGUGCACUUUAAAAAAACACACGAGCCAGAGGCUUGAGAGAUGAGACUUUUUUUUUUUUUUUCAAACCAUAAACAACAUUGUUUUUGCUUUGUUUGCUAGUGUAGUACUGCCAAUUCCAUACCGAUAGCCUAUUUAAUGUAGCCAUCAUUGCUGCCUUCCUUUUUGUAUUUUCUUUUGUAUCUUCAGUGUGUCUUUUGCUUUCACUGGAUGAGAUUAAUUGACAUGUAUUUAUUACUGAUAUGUUUCAUUUGAUUUUGCAUUUUGUAAACUCCAUAGUUGAAUUUGCUGGAAACAAAAAAAAGCUAUAAUUUUUGCCAUUUAUUAUGUUAAUUUG